CACUCAGUGCUUUAACAGACCAAUUGGCCAAGACCACCCGGCCAAGACCGAUAAUCAUCGUCAAUUCAUCAUUAUCACAAUUCAUCUGAUUUCAUCACCAAUUAAUCUCUUCUGUUGAUCUCCAACGUUUUGCGCACCUGUCACUCCCGUCUUCAAACUCUUCCAAUCACCCAUCUCUUGGGUGUUUCUCUCUCCUCUGUUCUUCGUCAAUUUCUCUCUCCUCCCGAUCUGCCCUAACAAAACCCACAAAUUUCCUUCAAGAUGUACGGAUUCGAAGGUAUGACCUUCAACAUCCAUGGAGGUUACUUGGAAGCCAUUGUUAGAGGUUACAGAUCUGGAUUGCUCACUGCUGCUGAUUACAACAAUUUGUGCCAGUGUGAGACUCUCGAUGACAUCAAGAUGCAUCUCUCUGCUACUGAUUAUGGUCCUUACCUUCAGAAUGAACCUUCUCCUUUGCAUACAACUACGCUUGUGGAGAAAUGCACCCUGAAGCUGGUUGAUGAAUACAAGCAUAUGUUGUGCCAGGCUACAGAACCAUUGUCAACCUUCUUAGAGUACAUCACGUACGGUCACAUGAUUGAUAACGUUGUUUUGAUUGUUACUGGAACCUUGCAUGAGAGGGAUGUUCAAGAGCUGUUGGAGAAAUGUCAUCCCUUGGGCAUGUUUGACAGCAUUGCUACUCUUGCAGUUGCUCAGAAUAUGAGGGAUCUGUAUAGAUUGGUGCUGGUUGAUACUCCCUUGGCUCCAUACUUUUCCGAGUGUAUUACAUCCGAGGACUUGGAUGAUAUGAACAUUGAGAUUAUGAGGAACACUCUAUACAAAGCUUAUCUUGAGGAUUUCUAUCGUUUUUGUCAGAAAAUUGGUGGUGCUACUGGGGAAAUUAUGUCUGAUCUUCUUUCCUUUGAGGCUGAUAGAAGAGCUGUCAAUAUUACAAUUAACAGCAUUGGGACUGAACUUACGAGGGAAGAUCGUAAGAAGCUGUACUCAAGUUUUGGUCUCUUGUUUCCUUAUGGACAUGAAGAGCUUGCUAUUUGUGAGGAUGUAGAUCAGGUCCGUGGUGUGAUGGAAAAAUAUCCACCUUAUCAGGCAAUAUUCUCCAAGAUGUCUUAUGGAGAAAGCCAGAUGCUGGACAAGGCGUUCUAUGAAGAGGAAGUCAAGAGACUCUGCUUAUCAUUUGAACAACAGUUCCAUUAUGCUGUUUUCUUUGCUUACAUGAGGUUGAGGGAACAAGAGAUUAGGAAUCUCAUGUGGAUAUCAGAAUGCGUAGCACAAAACCAGAAGUCCAGAGUGCAUGACAGUGUUGUCUUCAUUUUCUAGUUACACUCUGACCGAUUAUGAAGAAACCUUACGGAUUUUUCUGGAAAUACAUGAAUAAAUCUCGUGUUGCUUAUGCUUUGUACAUCUCAUUUCUUUCGUGUCACUUGUAGAAUUCAGUUGCAAACAUUAUUUAUAUUGCACAAGGUGGAAUAAAGCUUCUUAUCUUUGUAUCAA